CCCCAUCUGGCGCUCGGCGUUGACCUACAUCCUACAUAUCAGCCCACCAGAGUGCGCUAGCGGCGGGGUGUGGUUGGGCAUUUGUUUGUGCUUGUGAGUGAAUCAUUCGUGAGGUAUCCGCUCAGUACGUUCGUCCCAGACACCGAAAGAAACAGAACCAAAGAUGUCGUCCAGAAAGACUGCAACCCGUCGGGCUACCACCAAGAAGCGCGCCCAGCGUGCCACUUCCAAUGUCUUUGCUAUGUUUGAUCAGGCACAGAUUCAGGAAUUCAAAGAAGCUUUCAAUAUGAUUGACCAGAACCGAGAUGGUUUUGUUGACAAAGAAGAUCUUCAUGAUAUGCUGGCAUCUCUUGGCAAGAACCCUACUGAUGAUUAUUUAGAUCAGAUGAUGAAUGAAGCUCCUGGCCCUAUAAACUUCACCAUGUUUUUAACUCUCUUUGGUGAGCGGCUUCAGGGCACUGACCCCGAGGAUGUUAUCAAGAAUGCCUUCGGCUGCUUUGAUGAAGAGAAUCAAGGUGUCAUUCAUGAAGAACGUCUCCGGGAACUGUUAAUCAGUAUGGGUGACCGUUUUUCAGAUGAAGAUGUGGAUGAAAUGUACCGAGAGGCUCCUAUUAAGGGUGGCAUGUUUGACUACAUUGAAUUCACAAGGAUUUUGAAGCAUGGAGCUAAAGACAAGGAUGAGCAGUAAGCAGUCUCUCCUGUUGAAGAAUUAGGUUGUGGUUUGGUGAGAUUCAUCAUGUGCCUUUGUAAUAUUUCACAUUUGUUACACUUGUGGGAAAUAUUAAGAGCUCAGAUUACUUAAAAUUUUGUUCUUUGACAUCUAGCCACCAUUUCUGUUAUACUUUCUACAAUCGUCAUUAGUUACUUUUUCUUAUAUCUUUCAAAAGAGAGUUUAGUAGAUUGGGUGAAGCAUUAUUUUGGUGAAUUUGUUUUCAUUUAAGGGGAAAGCUAAUUAUUUAUUUUUUAUCAAGAAUUUAUCUAGUGUUAUGCAUUAUUUUAAUAUUCCCAUAGGUACAAUUCUAUUGUGUAGCUCUCCAGCAAAUUUUUAAUUCUGGUAUUAACUUAAAACCCUUAAAAUACCAUGUUGUGCUCCAUUGAUGGGCAAGUUUUGUCAUGGUAUCCUCUUCUUUUUCUUUUCUUUCUCAUAGCCAUAUUGCAUUUCAUACUUCAUAAUUAAUUUUUCCCACCUCUCAAUUAGUUUUGUUACUGAGAAUUUCCUUAAAUUAUAUUUUGGAUGAAAGAUCUUUGAGAUGCUUGUUAAUUUAAUCUGACAGCUACUCAAACUCAACAUUAUGAGACUGUUGUAACCUUUUACGUUCCAUUUUGGCUUUUAUCAGCACCGCAUUUUGAAUUUGUAUCAUAUGUGGUCUGUAGAAUGAGGGAGAAUGUUCUGACAAUGGCUUGUUGUAUGAGUGGUAAUGUUUGUGGGAGGAGCAGCCUGUAGUGCAGUGCCCUGUAUGGUUUAAAGAGCCAAAAAGAAAGAAAAUUGAAUGUAAUGAUUGAUGCUUUAAACUGUACAGGAACCAGGAAGUGUGUUAAUCUUGUUUAUUCUUUUUAGUCGUUUAUUUUUUUUUAAUGAUUUAAUUCCAUGUACUAUAUUUCUCACCCUGCAUUUUAUUUUAUUCAUUAUUAUGGCUUCUGCGGUUUCUAAGAUGUGAUGUUAACUUUGGCUGGAAUUCCAAAACUUUAUAGUCAGGUUGUCUUUAAAACUUGAUGCAUUUUAUGUUUUCUUCACUAUCUGAAUUUAUGUAUCUAUUGUGCUUAAUAAUUUGGUAAUUUUGGUAAAUACAUAACCAUUUUCCAACA